UUCUGCCCUUCAGUGUUUGAGUUGUUCCUCACAUGCUAAAUAAUCAGCGUGGCCGAACCUGUUCAAUCGCUUUUCAUGCAGAUUUAGAGAGCCUGACGUCUGUUUUCUCUGUUCGGUGUUUCGACGAGCAGCCGGUGUCACGGUAGUUCAUUGCGGUAAUGGAGUGUCGUGUGUUGUCCAUUCAGAGUCAUGUUGUCAGGGGAUACGUUGGGAACAAGUCGGCAACAUUCCCUCUGCAGGUGCUGGGCUUCGAAGUGGACUCGAUCAACUCUGUGCAGUUCUCCAAUCACACAGGCUACGCCCAUUGGAAAGGGCAAGUACUGACAGCAGAAGAGCUAAAUGAGCUGUAUGAGGGCAUUAAGCUCAAUAAGGUGAACCGCUAUGACUACAUCCUCACAGGGUACAGCAGAGACACGUCCUUCCUGGAGAUGGUGGUGGACAUUAUUCAGGAGCUGAAGAAGGCCAAUCCAAGCCUGGUAUAUGUGUGUGAUCCUGUUAUGGGAGACCACGGUUCAAUGUACGUUCCAGAGUAUCUGCUGCCAGUCUACAGGGACAAAGUAGUGCCUUUGGCUGAUAUCCUCACCCCCAACCAGUUUGAAGCAGAACUAUUAACUGGGAGGAAAAUCACCACAGAGGAAGAUGCUGUUGAGGUGAUGGACUUGCUUCAUAAAAUGGGUCCAGAGACCGUUGUCCUCACUAGUACAGACCUGCCCUCGAAACGUGGGGACCAGUUCCUGGUGGCCCUCGGGAGCCAAAACAUUGUGAAAGCAGAUGGGACUAAAACCAGUCAGAAAAUCUGCAUGGACAUCCCCAAAGUGGAUGCUGUAUUUGUGGGGACAGGAGACCUGUUUGCUGCCAUGUUGCUAGCCUGGACUCACCAUCAUCCUCAAGACCUGAAGACUGCCUGUGAAAAGACUGUUUCCGUCAUGCACCACGUCAUUAAGAGGACCAUGACUUACGCCAAUCAGAUGGCUGGCCCUGGGAAACGGCCCAGUCCUGCACAACUGGAGCUGAGGAUGGUUCAGAGCAAAGCGGACAUUGAGAAACCUGUCGUUGUAGUGGAAGCUCAGGUUUUACGAAAGUAUUCACGCUGAAGACCGUACCAUUACUCCGGACAUUGACAUCUUGCUGGUACAAAUCUCGGUGGGCCACCAGAGAACUGUAGGAUUUUCACAUCUUAGACUUUCUCGUGUCUCUGCCUUACAGAAACACUGAGGGAGUACAAAUAUGUUUUCAUGAGCACUGUCUGCAGGAUGUGGUGCAUGUACAUUCUGCUCACAAACGCACUGGUAUCACUGCCAUACGCGUCUGUACUAUGGUCUGUGUAGACUUCAUCUGCCAUUCAAAAGAAGAAAAACACCAUUGGCCAACUAUGGAUUGGUAUAAAGAUAAUUUUAACGUACUUCAAUCCUCGUUAACAUGGUAAAGGAUUUCUUGCUGUAAAAAACUCAAUAAUAGAUGCAUGACCAUGCCUCUAUUUGCUUUGACUAUGAUCGUAAGUAAGGACUAGUUUAUAGUUUACCAUGCAUUAAAAGUAAAAUGUUAUCGUCUUCUAUGUGCAGAUUGGAUGCAUUAUAAGUCCUGAAAUGUGUAUCAUCACUCCCAUGAAUUGGUAAACAUUGUAUGCAAUUGAAUAUGUAGUCUAUACAGUUUCAUUAACCCAAUUUAUUUCACUUCAAUUGCAACUUAAUAAUAAUUAAACUAAUAUUGGUCUUUUAAUCAACUUUCUGAAAAUGUGUUUCACCUCCUUUAUAAUUAUGCAUUGAUGUCUUGAAGUAGCAGAUGUUCAACAUGUUAGAUCCAUGUCUUAAGCAUCUCAAAUUGAGGUAUUUGCACAGAUAAUCUUUUAAUAUAUUUCUUAAUGUUAAUUUCUUCUUUGACUGUUGUCAUAUCUCAAUAAAAGAGUCGGUAUGAGAGACCAUGCUCUAUAAUAGCCUUAAUGGGGGUAAGAAUAAAAACAUUGGUUGUAACUGUUUUCAUGUAACAAUGUAAAAAUGUAUCCUCACAAAUGUUAGAAAGUCAAGUGCCAAACCUUGAGCUGCUGCGCUGACAGAAGAAACCACAAUAUAACAGAAAUAAAUUAUUCAUAUUUUA